AUGUGCGACAAGGAAUUCAUGUGGGCUUUGAAAAAUGGAGACCUGGAUGAGGUGAAAGACUAUGUGGCCAAGGGUGGAGAUGUUAAUGGGACACUAGAAGGUGGUAGGAAGCCUCUUCAUUAUGCGGCAGAUUGUGGGCAGCUUGAAAUCCUGGAAUUUCUGCUACUGAAAGGAGCUGAUAGUAACGCUCCAGAUAAACAUCGUAUCGCCCCUCUUCUGUCUGCAGGAUAUGAAGGUCAUGUUUCACGUGUGAAACUGCUUCUAUCAAAGGGUGCUGAUAAAACUGUGAAAGGCCCGGAUGGACUAACUGCCUUUGAAGCCACUGACAACCAGGCAAUCAAAGCUCUUCUUCAGCGAUGGCUGGAUGGACUGAUCCAUAUGGAAGGAUGCCUCUCCCGCGGCCUCACACUGCUGCCUGUCUGUCUGUCUGUCACUCUCUAUCUGCCAGCUUCUUCAGCUAAAUACUUCAAGAGAGCCCUAACUGUGGAAGCAGUGGUGGCUACCAUGUUGUAA